AUGAAGAUUGAUUCUGUGCUACUUGCCGCGGUCGUUACGCCCCUUUUCGGCACUGUGGGUGCCUUCCCAGGCGGUGCGGGAGAUUGUCCUGAAGCUCGUGCCGCAGUGGGAGGUCCUCACUUGGGUUUCCCUACCGUGACCACUGGAUCGCUAGAAGAAGGUCAACUCCAGUUUGAAGUAAAUGGGGGAUCACUCGCCGUGGGAGAGCCCAAUGAAAUCACCGUCGGUGACAUGCACACGUGGACUUUGGAAAUAACUGAUGGCAUCUACAGAGGCUUUUUGGUUCGUCUUGGUGGCGGUGAUUCUGGUGUGGACACCGUAGAAUCCAUCAAAUCAGAUCUGGACAUUGUCCAGCCAGCUUCAGCUUGCGAAAAUUUCCAAGUUGGCGGUGUAACUCACACGAACGCAGAGGACAAGACAAUCAUCGAAGGGACUCUCAGCGUUGACGCCAAGAGUGCAAACAUGCCUCUAGAUGUUACCGUUGUGAUUGAAAAUACCAAUGGUGUGUCUAUCUAUUACUACACUGGGUAUCAACUCACUGCUGUCGACUCAGCUGGUUUGGAAACUCCGGGACCUGAGACUGCCGUACCCACGGAAGCAGAAUCUGAAGCUGAGGGAGAAGAAACAGAGGCACCAGGAACAGAUGUCCCUGCCGAAGAAACAGAAGCACCCGCCGAGGAAACAGAAGCUCCUGCUGAGGAAACAGACGCACCUGCCGAGGAAACAGACGCCCCUGCUGAGGAAACAGACGCCCCUGCACCCGAUGAUGGAGAGGAAACCGAGGCUCCCGCCGAGACAGUUGCGCCCACAGAAGCAGAAACUGUCGCAGUUGGUGAACUACCUGUAGAACCAGGACCAGAAAUUCCUGGCCCUGAAGAGGAAACCGAAGCUCCAGAAGAGCCCGACGUAGAGACCGGUGCGCCUGAUGAGACCGAUGCUCCCGAAGAGCCCGACGCAGAGGAGACCGAUGCUCCAGGAGAGCCUGACAUGACAGAUGUCCCAGACAUGACAGGUGCUCCUGGGGAACCAGAGAUGGGGCUCCCAAUUGGUCCAGGUCCUGCCGACUUGCCGCUUAGCGACGAGGCAGAUUGUUCGAUGGAGACACCAUGUGGACUCUGCCAAGGAGAUUGCAAUUCGGAUAAUGACUGUGAAGAUGGAUUGAUUUGCUACAAAAGACCUGGCGACGAUACAUCAACAGUACCAGGUUGCUCUGGGGAAGGUGUCCCAGGCAGCGAUUAUUGCAUUGUUUUUGCCGACGGGACACUCAUAAUUCGCGAUCAGCAAUGUUCCGAGACCAAUCCCUGUUCAACCUGCGAAGGUGAUUGUGAUUCGGAUUUCGAAUGUGAGGAUGGAUUGGUUUGCCGUGAGCGAGACGUUGGCACAAAUGAUGCAGUUCCUGGGUGUCUUGGUCUUGGUAUUCCUGGAUUGGAUUACUGUUACGUUCCUGCCAUGCGAAAAGUUCGGCAUCUCUUGAGGAAGAGUGUAUAA